AUGGCCGACGUCCCGGACGAUGUCCUCCGCCAUAUCUUCUCAUUCCUCCCGCAGGAAACGCUUGUUCAAUGCCGCUUCCUCGGCCGAGAGGUCGAACCCCUGGCAAGGGCGCUCGCUUUCCGAUCUGUGCGUCUCGAGCGCGGCUGCGAUGUCGACCCGUUCCUAAACGUCGCCAGGUCCGAGAGGCUGAGACCUUUCGUACGAGAGCUCACAUUGGACUUUUCGCAAGGAAAACUUCCAACAAGCGAUGCGGCCGAAUAUGGCGCCCGGCUCAAGCAACACCGACGGACACUCAUGGCGCUUCCGCUCGUGAGGCAUUUCAGCGGGCUGAGAACGUUGAACUUGAGGUACGGCCGGUGCACAAAGGGCCAUGAUGGAUAUUCAGGGCUCGGGAGGGUUGAUGAUGCUGGAGUGGUGAGAGACCGACGCUUUCUCCCGAUUCUGUUCACAACCAUAUACACGGAGACUGUGCUGCGAUGUAUCUCUGGGUCCUGGACAAAGGAGGCCCAAGGUCUAUGGGAGCGUCGCUGGCACAGAUGGUCGGAGCCCAGGGCGGAGGCUCUGGCAAAUCUCUCGUUGGCCACCAGCCUCCAAGGUGAGCCGGAGUUCUUCGACACAGUGCAAAGCUUUCCUAAGAAGGCUAUCAAUCUCACGACCUUGACGAUAUCUAACCUCUCGGAAAAAGACUCUGAGUACUUGAUGUCUUCUGCUGCGAUGACGCGUUUCCUUGAAACCCAAUCAUUGUCAAAACUGCAGCUUUUAACCAAUUCCGUGAAGUACGACGGCGAAUCCAUGGUUCCUUUCACAAUACACAACAGAUACGGCUUCUUCGAGAAUUUGCCUUCGACCUGGCUGUCACCUCCGAUUGCCGACCGCUUGCGCACGCUAUCUCUGUUCGCCAAUGACUACUGGGGCUGGAGUCCCAAGAUGGACUUCAGAGUGCUGAGCAAGGGGAUUUCUGGCGCCGGAGGAUUUUCCAACCUCAGGACGCUGGCCCUUGGGACAUUCGUCUUCAGCCACCAGUGGCAAGUCGACUGGGUAGCACAGCUUGGCUCAGACAAUGGCAGAGGUGGCCUCGAGGAACUCUACCUGGAUAAUUGCCCGAUAAUGUGGCGCGCGCGCGUCUUUGGUCCAGUAGACGGCGAAGGGUUCCCGCACAAAGAGGCCAUCGCGGCGGAGGAUGGAAGCCCUCCCUCUAUCAACGGGGAUCCCGUUACUGUCGACGUUGACCUCCGAUGGAGCACUGUCCUGCAACAAUGGCGCCAAGAGAUGCCGUCUUUGAAAGUCUUCAAAAUGGGCAACGGUGACUGGCUCGGAGAGCUCAGCACGGAUGUGGCAAUGGCGCAGACGGCGUCUCGCACUCGGGUGGUCGACGGCGCGUAUAUGCUGGCGAAGCACCGGAAUGAGGAUACCAUGCACCUAAACUAUGACAAGGUUUCUAUAGACGACCUCCAUAAACACGGCCAGGACAUCAUCAAAGACGGGGUUGGUAUGAGUCAGAGGCGAGAAUGUGUGCUCCAGUAUGUCCACUUCCAGGCAGCCCUGGGGUCUUCCCCUUGGGUCGAGCGGGACUUCAAGGACGCCCUUGUCAACGACUUUGAGGAUGGAUAUCAGCGCUGCGAGGAGGCCCGACGCAAGGACGAAGAUGCGCUCUACGCGCUCCGUGCCUCCAUAGGCGCCCGAUAG